CUCAGGUAAAGAGCGAAGGAGACUUUACCUUAAACAGUUUUAUCCGGGAACCUUGGGCUGAAAAGGGUUCCAAUAUUAUAGACAGCACUGCAAGUAUUAUUACAAAAAUGGACUCUCAUAUAGCAGCAAGGAUGAAAGCUACCGAGAGGAGUGAUGCAAGGGAAAAUAUCCAGACAUAUCAUAAGUUCGCCCAAGUUGUAGAUGCUAGCUUUUCAACUACAUCAGGAGUGAGCACAAAGACCAAACGGAGAGCCAAAGGCUUUGUGCCAUCAAGACGGCCUUUAAUUGAUGCAGUGGAUAAAACCCCGGAAUCUGAAGAUGGUAUUCUUCCCCUCAAUCCUAGAAGCGACUUGCAUUUGCAAGAUGAAAACUUUAGAAUUGAAGCAUCUUUUUCAAGGUGGGAGGAAAGGGUUGGACCUGCGGAGCUGGAGAGGGCUGUUCUUUCUUUGUUGGACUUUGGACAGAUCUUAGCUGCCAAACAACUCCAACAUAAGCUUUCUCCAUCGCACAUUCCAUCUGAAGUCCUACUUGUUGAUGCAGCUAUGAAGCUUGCUUCUAUUUCAACGCCUGGUGGCGAGAUAUCCAUAUCAAUGUUGGAUGAUGAAGCGUAUUCUGUUAUUCAGUCAUACAAUUUAGCCACUGACCGCCAUUUGAUUGUCCCACUACAGGUAUUGGAGAGUUUAGCAACCAUGAUUGUGGAAGGUAGAGGCCGUGGACUAUGUAAGAAAAUUAUAUCAGUAGUGAAAGUUGCAAAUGUAUUGGGCCUUUCAUUUUCCGAAGCAUUUGAAAAGCUGCCAAUUGAACUGCUACAGCUGCUUUCUCUUAAAGCACAAGAUUCUUUCGAGGAAGCAAAGCUCCUUGUGAAAACACAUUCUAUGCCAGCUGCUAGUAUUGCUCAAAUUCUUGCAGAAUCCUUUUUAAAGGGUUUAUUAGCUGCACAUCGUGGGGGAUAUAUGGAUAAUCAGAAAGAGGAAGGACCUGCUCCUUUACUAUGGAGGUUCUCAGACUUCUUGAAGUGGGCCGAGCUUUGUUCCUCAGAACCAGAAAUUGGCCAUGCAUUGAUGCGUUUAGUGAUUACAGGACAGGAAAUACCACAUGCCUGUGAGGUUGAGCUUCUUAUUCUAUCCCACCACUUCUACAAGUCUUCAGCUUGCCUUGAUGGAGUUGACGUUCUUGUAGCUCUUGCAGCCACCAGAGUGGAUGCGUAUGUUUCAGAGGGUGAUUUUCCAUGUUUGGCUCGCCUGAUUACUGGAGUUGGAAACGUCCAUGCCCUUAAUUUCAUUCUUGGAAUUCUUAUUGAAAAUGGUCAGCUGGACCUUCUUCUUCAAAAGUAUUCAGCUGCUGCUGACACAAACACGGGCCCUGCUGAGGCUGUCAGAGGAUUUCGAAUGUCAGUUCUCACAUCACUGAAGCAAUUUAAUCCAAACGAUCUGUAUGCAUUUGCCAUGGUUUACAAUCACUUUGACAUGAAGCAUGAAACAGCCUCUCUUCUGGAAUUGCGAGCUGAGCAAUCAUCUCAGCAGUGGUUCUUACGUUACGACAGGGACCAGAAUGAAGACCUCCUAGAAUCAAUGCGCUAUUUCAUUGAAGCUGCUGAAGUUCACUCUUCUAUUGAUGCUGGCAACAAAACACGUGCCGCUUGUGCACAAGCAUCCCUUGUCUCUCUUCAGAUACGAAUGCCAGAUUUCCAGUGGCUCAAUCUCUCUGACACUAAUGCACGACGAGCACUAGUUGAGCAGUCCCGUUUCCAAGAGGCACUGAUUGUUGCUGAAGCCUAUGGUCUUAACCAGCCUAGUGAGUGGGCCCUCGUACUUUGGAAUCAAAUGCUUAAACCAGAGCUUAUUGAAGAGUUUGUGGCUGAAUUUGUUGCUGUUCUUCCUCUCCAGCCCUCAAUGCUUGCUGAACUUGCAAGAUUUUAUAGGGCUGAGGUGGCAGCCCGGGGGGAUCAAUCCCAUUUCUCAGUUUGGCUGACGGGGGGAGGGCUUCCAGCAGAAUGGGCGAAGUAUCUAGGAAGAUCAUUUAGAUGCCUGUUAAAGAAGGCUAGAGAUUUGAGAUUACGGGUGCAGCUGGCCACUGUGGCAACUGGUUUUGGCGAUGUUAUUGAUGCUUGUGUGAAGGUACUGGAUAAGGUCCCUGACAAUGCUGGGCCACUUGUGCUAAGAAAAGGGCAUGGAGGUGGUUACCUCCCUCUGAUGUAAACUACCGACUCUGGUGGAUAUAACAGAGAUGUUCUUUUGUGACAUGAUGUUGAUGAUCACGGCAUGAUAGGUCAACAAUGAAGAUGAUGAUGGUGAUGAUAAAUUCCCGAGACUCCAUUACGAAGAGGUCAACAUGUAUCGUGUGAAUAUUAGGUAUAGUUGGAGAUUAGAUAAAGGGUUGGUUUAAUAGAUUUUGCUCCUAUUCUUUUUUCCUUUUCCCUUUUGAGCUUCACAAGCAGCAGAGGGUACCUGGAAGAAAAUACAGGUAGUUUAGUUCAAUGUGAGCGAUGUCUUGGGAAGACUUGUGAUUUUGACACUUAUAUUUUUUCCCCCCAAGUCUUUUGAAAUCAGGGGUGAGUUUAAUGCGUGUGUUGGGUGUUAUUGUUUCUGUAGCAGAUGUACAUUAUUUUUUCACAAGGUUGUACAUAUUUUUAUCAAUGAAUCUGUUCCUACUUGG